GAUGGAGUCAGAGCCAGCGGACGAGUCUCCAACCGGCUGCGGUGAGCAGUCCACCCAGUGCGGUAUCGCAGGUUGCAAGGCCCUUUCUCCUGAAUCUGACCACCACAAAAGGGUGGACGCAUUGGCAGCUGAGGUUGCAAAGAUCAAUCUUGGCUCCAGCCUUAGCGGAGAGGCAGAAUCGCGCCGUUCCAGUCACCACGAAAGGAUGGAUGCUCUGGCAGCGGAAGUCAGAAAGACCAACGUUGACUCCAGCCCUAGCGGGGAUGCAGGAUCCCGCCAUCCCGGGGACAGUAAGAGCGGGCAGGGUAGCGAGGUGUGGGACACAAUUUCACUCUCCGGGGACUCUGAGAAGCAGGAGGAUAAGUCUGCAGAGCAGGAAGAUAAGUCUGCAAAACAGAAGGAUAAGUCUCCAAAGCAGGAAGCUAAGUCUGCAAAGCAGGCUGAUGAACCAAAGCAGGAGAAUGGGUUUACAAAGGAGGAAAAUGACGAAUGGAUCUGGGUGACUCGUCACCUUCGGACUUUCGAUACUCUAGACCCUGCUACCCAUCGGAAGAAAAAUAGUAUUUGA